UUAUUUCGAGUAGUAAUAGUUGGAUUGCGAAUUUGUAAACAUAAUACAAUUGUGGUAGAAGAAACAAACAGAACCUUGGAGAAGAAUGAAAAAUCAGUUGUCGAUGACUAGUAGCGUUUGAUCCCAGCGAAUAAGAGAUUAGUUUCUGACAGCAGUAAUAUCAGUCUCCACGUUAUUUCUCAUCGAGUAUUUGUAAAUAUAUAUCAAGUGACUUCCAUCGAACAAGAAAUUUUCCAUUUUAUACCACCAUGUCUUUCCUAUUGGAAAAGGAGCAGGAGAAUAAAAAUAAGAAAGCAGCAGAAGAGAGUGACUUACAUAUGUCAUUUUCUUACGAUAUAGUUCGCCCACUACAACGGCGAUUGAAUACAGUGGAUCCACCAGUAAAAGAUCAAGUUAAUUGGAAUAUAAUUGAAAAAGGCUCCGAGAAAACGAGAAAAGAGCAAAGAUACAAGAUCACGGCCGAAACGAUCAAAUCGGCACAGGAUGUAAUAAGAAACGACAUUCGGCAAACAAAAUGCAGAAGGAUUUCAAUUCUCAGAGACGAGGGUUUCACUAUCUUUGUGAAGGAAGAGUGCGAUCAGUUUUUGAGUAGCGUUAAAAUACGCGGCGUGGCUUACGUUUUGAAAAACUGGCAAAUCCAAAAGAAAAAAUAUAACGGCAUCAUAGGAAUUUCAACGAGCUGCUUCGCUUUUUGUCUUUGCUCUUACGCAAAGGAGUAUGAAGUACCUGUGACGAUGGUGUUGCCAACGCAAGUACCGAGUGAACUAGUCAGAAUAUGUAGAAAUGUUCUGUCAGCAAGAGUACUCGUCCAGGGUAACGAUAUAGUAGAAGCACAUAAGAUCGCUUUGCGUAUAGCCAAGAUGGAAGGAUUAUUAUAUCUUGACGGAAACGAUCAUCCAGACAUGAUUAUUGGCCAAGCCACCUUAGGGAACGAAAUUUGUGGACAUAUAAAACACAAUAUUGAUACAGUCAUAUUAGCGACGAAAUUCAACGGUUGCGGAUUAACCAUGGGUAUUGCGAUGGCUAUCAAACUACUGAAUCCCGGUGUACGAAUUAUUGAAGUCCAUCCUGCAGUUUCUGAUCCUUUAAUAGACAAUAUUAGAAGCCAAACAAAUUCGCUUAAUGAAUUGGAUGACAUUCCCGUGACCGAGUAUGCAUGGCAAGAAGAGAAGAGUAAUUUACCGAUUAACUGCAUCGACACGAUUGUUAAAGUGGAUGAAUCGUUGAUCAGUACUGCUUAUUAUAUGUUACAACAUGAAGGCAUCAUUGACAACAGUGGAGCGAUUGCUAUAGCUGCCUUUUUAUCCGGUAAACUUGAUGAGUUAAAAGGAAAAAGGGUGAUGAUACCUCUAUUUGGCGAAAUGGACUCGUCUGACGAACUGAAAAGAAAAUACAACUAACUAAUAUAAUAAGUUCGGAUCUUAUCGUGUGCCGACCUCAAAAUUACUUGAAAGAGUAUUUUUAUAUUUCACGAUAAACUUACAAAAAUCAAUUAGUUAUGACAAAUCACGAUAAAUUUAUAGAAAUAAAUUGUAAAACAAAUCAUAUAUAUUUAUUGUAAGCAUUCAGAUCAUCUGAGGUCAGGAGUAAAAACAUUGCGUUCGAGAUAAAGCUCUAUCAAGUUAGCAAUUUUAAUGAUAAUGUUUUUUAAUUACUAAAUAUAAUAUUGUAAUAUAAUUAUUAUAAUAUUAUAAUAAUUUUACAAAAAACUAUUUUAUUAACACCGAUUUCAGAUAUAUCUGUAUUCUUACACAAAUAUAACGUUUAAUAAUGUCAAUGGCAAACGUCAAACAUCAGCCAAUUUUUAUUUUAACUAUUAACUCGAAGAAUAUAUCAGUAUAUAAGUGGUAUAUUUAUUUAGUUUUUUUUUAAUCAUUUCAAUGGCACACAACGAGAAAGUUUGCUAAUUUUGGGCUAUUUGAUUCUCAAAAUCGCAUUUUUCAUUUAUUUUGUAAAUUGAUUGAAGUCAACAAGCUAUAUAUUAGCGAAUCUAAUAAAUUGUAAGAAGCGCUUUUUUUCUAUAAUGCCCAAUUUCUUCACUUUAAAUAUUUUCAUCUAUGAGAUAUUUCUCAGAGAAUAUGUUAAUUUCUAGUAAAAUUUUAAUACAUUUUGUAUAACAAAUUAGUAGUGUGAAAAAUAAUUAUUCGUUAGAUACGUAAUCAGAGAUUUUAACUGAAGGAAAAAAAUAAAUUUUCAGUUAAUUGACGAAUACCUUUAUC